GAAGGUAUUUUAUUUUCAAAUUUUAUAGGUUUUGAGAGAAGAUUGUCGUCUGGUGCAAGAUGCUUUAGAAAGGUAUUACAAGAUAAUUUUGAGUGCAGGGAAACUGAAAAGAACGUUAAAUGUGAUAGAAAGUUCGUCGAGCAAUAAAAAAUUUAUGGGAAUAAUAAAUGGGCUAGAUAUUCUUCUUAAGAACAAAUGCGAAACACUACCAUCUAUUGAUAUGGACGAAAAUUACGAAUUAUCAGUUAGUGGUAGCAAGAGUAACACCUUAGCGCUUUUAACUUCCGAUUCAGUAUGGGGAAUCUUGCGAGGUUUGGAGUCAUUUUCCCAACUUCUGUACGCUUCGGUUAAAGGAAACAUGAUAUUCAUAAACGAAACAUACAUCGAAGACUACCCCCGAUAUACGCAUAGGGGUUUACUUAUAGAUACAUCUCGACAUUAUCUUCCUCUAAAAACUAUAAAACUAAUACUUGAAGGAAUGGAAUAUAAUAAAUUGAAUGUGCUUCACUGGCAUAUUACAGACGACGAAAGUUUUCCAUACCAAAGUCGAAAAUUUCCUGAAUUGAGCGAUAAAGGCGCUUACCAUCCAGAAAUGUUUAUAUAUACCCAAAAUGAUAUCCUAAAGAUAAUAAGAUAUGCAACUCAAAGAGGUAUAAGAGUUAUACCAGAAUUCGAUACUCCAGGGCACACAAGAUCUUGGGGAGAAGGAAGGCCGGAAUUGUUAACUGUAUGUGACAGCUCACGGGAUGGCACCAAUUUUUAUGGACCCAUAAAUCCAAGCAAUAGUUUUGUGUUUUCAUUUAUGGAAGAAUUCUUUAAAGAAAUCAAAGAAUUAUUUCCUGAAAGAUAUAUGCAUUUAGGUGGAGAUGAAGUAUCUUUUGAAUGCUGGAAAGCCAAUAAAGAUGUUAAUAGUUUUAUGAGGAAAAUGAAUAUAACAGGUGAUUAUGCAGCUUUGGAGGGUUAUUAUAUUCAAAGAUUAUUAAAUAUCGUUAACAAGUUAAAUAUUAGCCCUGUGGUAUGGGAAGAAGUAUUUAAUAAUGGCGUUAAAUUGCCUACUUCGACAGUCGUUCAAGUUUGGAUAGAACCAUGGAAAAAAACAGUACAAGCUGCAACAAAUCGAAGUCACGGUGUACUUUUGUCGAGUUGUUGGUACUUAGAUCAUCUCGCCACCGGUGGAGAUUGGAUCAAUUUUUACAAAUGUGAGCCGAGUAGUUUCGCUGGAACGCCAGUUCAGAAGAAGUUGGUUAUAGGGGGAGAAGCGUGUAUGUGGGGAGAAGUUGUUAAUAGAUUUAAUAUAAUUCCACGGAUUUUUCCUCGAGUUAGCGCCGUUGCAGAAGUAUUAUGGUCCACCAUAAAGUCAAGAGAUUUAAAAACUAUGCAGUCAGUUUCUGCACGAUUAGAAGAACAUACUUGUCGAAUGAAUAAAAGGGGAAUCUCAGCACAACCCCCGAAUGGGGCAGGGUUUUGCAUAUAAUGUUUUUAAUUUUACGUAGAGAAUAAAUUGUAUAGAUUAUUUUGUAAGAGAAAAAUAA